AAAGUAGGAAUUAAUAGUGAUUCAAAACCCUUCCACAGAAGCAAAAGACUUCCCCCUUUUCUCCUUCGGUUCCAACUCUUUCUUUCACCGAAUGCUCUAUUCAUCCAACAUUUCCCCCAAAUUCCCAUAUAAUAUAAAACACGCACAACACCCUAAAACACACAUUCAUUUUUCCCCUACACAUACGCAGAAGAUUCAUCCCUCCUCUCUCUCUCUCUCUCUCUAUAAUCUACAUAUAUAUAACACAUAGGCAUUAGAUUACAUAUAUAUUAUAAUAAAAUAGACUAAAGAACUCAAUUUUUUUUGUGGGGGGUUUUUCUUUUUUUUUUUUCUGAUAUAGAUAUAUAAUUGUUUUGACAUUGGUGUUUUUGGUUCGAUUUGGGGGCGGUGGGGUUUUUUUUUUUUGGUGUGUGUGUGAAUUUGGGAAAAAGAUGAGCAGUGGAGGAGGAGCAGCAGCAGCAGCAGCAGCCAAAGCUGGAAACAACCAUAGGGCCGCGAUUAUAAUACCAAGCAAUGUGAGGAAGACGAUCCAGAAUAUAAAGGAGAUCACGGGUAAUCAUAGUGACGAAGACAUAUAUGCAAUGCUCAAGGAGUGCUCUAUGGAUCCUAAUGAGACUACCCAGAAGCUCCUCCUCCAAGACACAUUUCAUGAGGUGCGAAGGAAGCGUGAUCGAAAGAAAGAGAAUCAUAAUAGGGAUUCUGCAGAUUCAAGGUGGAAACCUGGGAUGCAAAGUAGGGGAAAUAAGGAGGGACGAGGAACCCAUUCGUCCAGGAAUACGUCAUAUGAUAGUACUGCUGGUGGAAGGAAUUCUGCUUCUGCAAAGGAUAGUGUCCCCAAUCAAAACUCAGAUAAGCAAAGCUUGGAGACCAAAAGCAAACCUUCUGUUUCGAGCUUAUCAACUUCCCAAGCCAAUGGUCCUUUAGUUUCUGGGAGUAUGGCUAUUAGGCGUGACGCCAACUCCUCGACAAACUCUGAUACUCGGAAGUUGCCAGAACAGAUGGCUCCUCAAGCAAACAAAAGGUCUGCCGGUGCUUCUGGAGCCUGGGAAAAGAAUAGGCAGCAAGUUCCAGAUUUCAGUGACAGUUUAUCUUCUGCAGCAUCAGUAAUCUUGUCGACAAAAGAUUUACAGCCCUCUGGUACUGUGGUAGCAUCUGAAUUUGGAGUGGGUAUUGAGCAACCUAUUGUGGAGCAGAUCUCAGCUAACAGUGAUAGGAGCAAAUCUGUUGCUGGUGCUACUGAGGUUGGGAGCUCAAGCGUCCAAGGAAAGGUUCUGAGCAAGCCACACGGUGUUGGGAAGAAUAUGCAUUUGGAUACUUCUCAAACGACAUCUGGGCUUCAUACUAUUCCUCCUGUCGGUAGGCCGUCAUCUAAUUAUGGCAAUAGAUCACAAGCUAUUGGUCCGCAGAAAGUGGGUCCUGGUAAGGAGUGGAAACCAAAAUCAACAACACCUAAUCUUACUCAGGGCUCUGGGACAGCUAGUUCGUCUGAGCCUCCAGCUACUUCAGUUGAAGCUAAUACCAGAAUGUUAAAAGCCGUUGACUCCAAGGAAGCUGACGUUGAGGUGCAGAAGAAAUUAGAAGAUGUGUGUAUUUCUGGUGGUCAACCACAUGUGAUCAUCCCCAAUCACCUUCAUGUACCUGAAGUUGAAAAGCUUGGAUUCUGUUUUGGAAGUUUUGAACCUAGCUUUGUGGCUAACACAAGCUAUACUAGAAGUACAGAGAAUUUUAAGACUUUGCCUGUUUCAGAAGUGUCUGGCGAGAGUGAAGAAGCUAUUGAUGAACAGUCAUCCAGCAACCAUGCCUUUGGAACUGUGGAUGAAGUUGAUUAUCCAGAGAAUAACCAGUCAUCAUCCUAUGGGCCUGAAAAUUUAUCAUCCAGUGAUGGUGGCGUCUCAACCUCUAAUGUUCCAGAUAGUGAUUCUAAGCAAGAGAAUGCACCCGAAGACCAUGAAUAUUCCAGCAAUCAUACUUCAAACUAUGGCAUUGGUUUAGUUCCCCCAAUGCUUGGCAGUCAGGUUCCACCUUUCGAAAGUUCAGAGGGCCAAACUCGUGAUGUUUCUCGACUUCCAACUUAUGUUGUUCAACAACCAUUUGAUCCAACCAGUUAUUAUGCACAAUUCUAUCGCUCUGGAUCAGAUAUUGAUGGUCGCAUUUCACCCUUUCAUUCAGCUGGAGGAGCAACCAAGUACAGUGGGAAUUUGAAUAUGUUGUCUCCUCAAACUUCUCAGUCUCCACAAGAGGUUGGAAGUAAUCCUACAGUUUUGUCCACGGCAGCUCCAACUCCACUUGUAAGCCAGACUGCUGGGGUCAUGCAGAGCACAAUGGGCGUAACCCAACCUCUCUCUGUCUUUCGACCGCCUGCUGGUUUGCAUCUACCGCAUUACCCAUCCAACUAUAUCCCAUAUGGCCAUUACUUUUCUCCAUUUUAUCUUCCACCUCCGGCAAUCCAUCAGUUCAUAGGCAAUGGUGCUUUUCCCCAGCAGCCUCAAGGUGGCCAUGUGUAUCCAGCUCUGCCAGCAGCUGCCAAAUAUUCAGUUCUUCAAUACAAGCCUGGAACUAACACAACUAACUCAAAUCAUCCUGGAAUCCCUGGAAGCUAUGUUACAUAUAGUUCCCCAGUAGGAAACUAUAAUCUUAGUUCAGCAACAGCAGCCGGGAAUUCAACUUCUAAUGAAGAUCUUGCUACUCAUUUUAAAGAAAACAAUGCCUAUACAAGUGGCCAGCAGAGUGAAGGUUCAGGGGCGUGGAUCAACAACCCUCCUGGCCGAGAUGUAUCCAGCAUUCAAGCAAGUUCAUUUUACAAUCUCCCUCAGGGUCAGAUGGCCUUCGCCCCUGCACAGCCUGGCCAUGCAACCUUUGCUGGUUUAUAUCACCCAGCUCCACCAGUAAAUGCGGCAACUGUUCACCCGCUAUUGCAGCAGCCUCAGACUAUGGCAAGUCCCGUGGAUAUGGUUGGACCCCCUGCCAGUGUAUAUCAGCAACCGCAACAUUCACAAAUUAAUUGGCCGAGCAAUUUCUAAAUGGGACUCAUAAUCUGUAUAAUGCAACAGAAGGCAGAAAAUAUAGCUUGUUUGGGAUCAUUUUUGAGAUCCGCACCUUGUCCGAAUGCGAAGGGCCUGCCCAAAGCAUGAAGUGAUUGCUGAUCGGUGCUCAAAUAUACAAACGGAGGUCGGAAAGUAGUUGGCGGAUGGAAUUCUUGAUUGGUGCUGACUAGAUAGAAACAAAUGAUACACUUGUGUAUCGGUAAUUGACUUUUAGUGUUUUUUAUUUUUUCCCGUUAGGCAGGAAUUUUGUGCAGGUUUUCUCUUAAUCUCAGAGCUCGGACAUGGUCUCGACAGAAAUCUCUUUAUAAUGUAAAAGGGUCUUCUGUAUAUGUUUUGGGUUUCAAAUUGUACAAUCACACUGGGAGUUGAGAGUCCAGUCAUUUCUCUUGUUUCACUCUUCUGAUAUUAUUGGGAAGAAAGCCUGUUUAAGGGUGUUUUUUGGUAGGACAAAUGGAGUUGUAUUAGUGAGUUAACAGCUUUGUAAGUAAAUUUUGAUAGGAAAGGUGUAUGGGAAAUGUUCCGCAAUUGCUAUUGCUAUAAGCAAAUCCUGGUAAGAAACUGUUUCAUUGAUUUACAACGAGAGAGAUAUGAAUGCUGUUGACAGGGUGUGGUGCAAGGAGUAUGUUUCUGAAAUGGGGUAGGAUAUAUGAGAUGUUACUAUUGAUGAAAGAGUUGAUCCCUUGACCUUGGAUUUGGUGCAUAUAACAUAUGGUUAAUGGUAUUUACUAGUCUUCCUGUAUUGAAUUCUAUACGUUUGUGAAACUGAGGUUUCUUAUUAUUAUUAUUAUUAUUAUUAUUAUUAUUAUUAUUAUU